CCGCGGCGGCUCGGCGCGCCCCGGCCGAGCAUGGAGCAGUAGCGACUCGGCGCCUCGCCGCUCCCUACCGCGGCCAUGGGUGCGGAGCGCAGGGGGGAGGCGGCGGCGGCCCGCGCCGGCGGCUGCUCCUGCGGCGGCGGCGGCAGCUGGCGCCUCUUCCUGGGCUUCUUCGCGCUGUCGCUGGCGCUGCACGUCCUCACGCUGGGCUGCUACCUGGAGCUGCGCUUCGAGCUGCGCCGCGAGCGCGGCCCGCAGCCCGCCGCCCCGCCGCGGAGCGACGGCACGGCGGCGGCGGCGCCGGGCGCCCCGGCCGCAGCGCGCCCGCAGCGGCCCGCCGAGGGCGCGGAGCGGCGCCAGCAGCUGGCCUUGCUGAACUUCUUUCAUCCUGAAGAAAAGUUGCACGUUGGAGAAGAAGGUAGACGCGCCCGUCGAAACAAAAGGAGUAAAAGUAGCGAAGGGCCUGAUGGUCCAAGUUCAGUUAAGAACAAGAAAAAGGGUAAAAAGGCUGGUCCUCCAGGGCCCAAUGGUCCCCAGGGGCCACCAGGCCCUCCUGGACCCCAGGGCCCCCCCGGGAUUCCUGGGAUCCCUGGGAUCCCUGGCACAACUGUAAUGGGACCGCCCGGCCCUCCUGGCCCACCGGGCCCUCAGGGACCACCUGGACUGCAGGGCCCUUCAGGUGCCACAGACAAGGCAGGCUCCAGAGACAUCCAGCCAGCUGUAGUUCAUCUUCAAGGCCAAGGCUCAGCAAUUCAAGUAAAGAAUGAUCUUUCAGGUGGAGUCCUCAAUGACUGGUCUCGCAUCACUAUGAACCCCAAGGUGUUUAAGCUGCAUGCCCGCAGUGGGGAACUGGAGGUACUGGUGGACGGCACAUACUUCAUCUAUAGUCAGGUAGAAGUAUACUACAUAAACUUCACAGAUUUUGCCAGCUAUGAGGUGGUGGUGGAUGAAAAACCCUUUCUGCAAUGCACUCGGAGUAUUGAGACCGGCAAGACCAACUUCAAUACCUGCUAUACAGCUGGGGUCUGCCUCCUCAAAGCCAGGCAGAAGAUUGCUGUGAAAAUGGUCCAUGCUGAUAUCUCCAUCAACAUGAGCAAGCACACAACUUUCUUUGGGGCCAUACGCCUAGGAGAUGCACCAGCAUCCUAGAUGAACUUGGCAUGUCCAAGGAUACUCACAGAACUGCACAGUGCUGCUGUUCAUAAGCGUAUCAGUAUUUCAGGGGGUUCUAUAAUCCGGCCAUAAAGAAAACUGAUCCAGAGCUAUUUAUUCCUGUAUGUGAAUACAGGAAGCACAGUGUCUUCUGUGACUUGCAUGGAGACUUGGAUCAAAAAGCUAGCUGAAAAAGCCUUGUGAGGAAAAAGGGCUGUUGUGUCUGCCUUGUCUCAGUAUUUCAAGUAUUACUGCACUGAUAUUCUGCUCUGUGAUCUUCACAUGAGGCUUGUUGAGAAUGAUGUGGGUCUCUGCUUUUAUGUUGCACUAGCAAGAGCGUCCCAGGCGGUAGCAGGAGAAGAUAGAACAAUUUUGACAGAAGUCUAUCUAGGCACUCCUCCUUCUGCACACUAAUGAAAGCAAGAAAUGGGGUUUCUGUUUUUCUGCCUUCUCAGUUCUAACUGGAAUGGCAACAUAGUGGGAAAGGAGGUGGUGUCAGUGGUGUUUACAUUCGUCCUCAGGAGAGUGAGAAAAGAAGGCAAAGUGCCUCUCUCUAGAGCUUGGAAGCUGGCUGCAAAAGCAGAAAGCUUGAGAGGAAAAUGCAUAGGUAAUAGAACAGGCUUAGCAUAUAUGAAACUGCCUCUACAUUCCAUAAAUUAAGAAGUUCCAAAGAUAAUGACAAUUAGAGUUCCAAAGCCUCUGCUGCUUUCAGUUCCUGCCAUUACCCCAGAGGUGUACCUUACCCUAACAGGGGCUGCCUUAAAGCACUGCUGCUGUUACAGCAGUUUCUGUUUUGUUCUUGUCUUUUUAAUUAGUAUUUUGCAAAGCGUAACACAUUUUUCCAGGCUUCACAGAGCCACGUAGAGCAGACACAAGUACUUGUGAAAACACUCUUAAGAAGUUUGUCAUGUUUAAGAAUAAAAUACUCAGACAGGAAUUUUCUUUCUGUUUUAAUAGCAACUGUCCUGCUUUUGGAUGUGGCAUUUACUCCCCCCUCGCCCCUUCUUUUUUGGCACUCUUUUAUCAAAAAUGCUGUAAUAAGUGGUGAUGGAGUCUCUAGCAAAAAUUUGUAUUUAAGAAGUCUGGUCCAGCAUGAAGUCAUCACUUUUUCUUUUCUCUGAGCCCUGCUGAGUCUAGUCAUAACUCAAUUUCUGGUGACUAAUGGAAGAGCAGCGAUGCUGCUGUUCCUCCCCUGUUGUUGUUCCCAUUACCUCCCCUCAACUGGUGAGAUCUAAAGUUAUAAGAUGUGCUUGAGCUGAGGAAGAGGCUGAAACACUCGUUGCUCUUUUGUGUCAUGCCUUGGUUUGUGUUUGAUUGUUGGUUGUUUUCUUCUUUUUUAAAACUGGUUUUCUUUUUAGAGUGUAUUUUUUGAACUGAAGAGGGUAGUGAAAUUUCAGCUGGUAAGAGCAAAUGUGAAUAGCUGAUUUGAGAGCAAGUCCUGAGCUGACAUCUUGGUGAUAACCUUCAUCUCUGCCAGCAGAGGUGGCUCAGCAACAAUCGCCUGUAGGGACAGGAGAGCGAACAUUGUCAGCGCCCGGCUUGGCAGCUGACCUGAGCGUGGACGGGUCCAUCCUGGCUGCGUUCCUGGCUGCAGUGCUUUUCCCCAUCUGUAGCUAGUGAUCUCGCUUGCCAAGUAUUGCAUUAUUGGGAGAUAAAUAUUUCUUGGGGGCACCGAGCUUUGGCUUCAGCCUUACUCUUCGCAGGAGGCGUGCAGUUUAUAAAAUAACUGCAUGAAGAAUUGGCUGCUAUUUCUUUUUCAAUAUGUUCUCCUCCUUUCUAGCCUUAACAUGUUGAACUAGCAAGAGCCUUAGGGGCACUUAACUAGUCUUUGUGGUUUAUUUCCUUUAAAAAUGAUUACGAAGGACAUGUUUCUCUGACAAAAAUUAAUUGGGACAACUGUGUAUAGUGAGAACACGAAACAAAUCAUUAACAGAAUUGCUUUAGAAUAUAGUCUAAACAGCAGUACUUAGGAGCAAGCAUAAAUAAUGAAAUGUCUUGUGAGACCAUGAUGGAUGCAGUUUGCGUUCUUUGUCCCUCUGGACAAGAUGCAAAGAGGAUCUGCGGUUCACUUCUGGAUAUGUUCACUUCGGUGAGCAAGAGUAGGCAAAGGGAGAAUCCCUUGCUUCUCUAGAAACCCCAUGAGCUCUGUCAAGUUCCCUCUCUGGCAUGUACACGGGACGGCGUAGGGGGCAGCAGAGGGAAGUGAUCCCUGCCUGCCUCCGCGCAAGGGAUGCGAGGUGUUCAGUUUGUGAAUGUGCUUUCCCCAAGGUUUGUAUUACACCAAAGGGCGAGCUCAGUGCAGCCUGGGCUCCACAGCAUGGGCAGAGGCUAGGGAGUACUUAACUUCAAGUGGCCUUCAUAUAGCCGUGUUCAUCACUGGGAUGAGCAAAUGGAUCACCUGUCGUGUAGCAACUGUGGGGAGUCUCUUAUACUUGAAACUCUUUAGCCUCUGUAGCAACAAGUUCUCAUUAAUGAAGUAUUACAGUGUAAGUUAUCUAGGUGGUAGAACAGCUUCUGUAGGAUCCUUCUCUGUGUCACCGUCUUUGGAGCCUCUAUGGUUUUCCUUAACCUGGCAGAAAAGGCCUGGAAGCAGCUCAUAGGAACAUGAAGAUGCUUAUGGAAAAUUUUAAACUCCACCAAGAACAGGACAUUGCUCCAGUCUUUCCCUCUGGUGUCUAUUAAUUUUGAUGUAUAUCAGUUUCUAGUCUGGUUGACAAGAAAUGCUUCACUUACAGACAGAUGUCUGCAUUUUGGAGACACUGACGCAGCCCUCUGGUCCAUGAAAACGGUCAUUCUUGUCUUCCUAUGCGCCAGCCUUUCCUCUCCAGUGGUACUUGCUAGCUGGGCUCUUACCUAUGUGCCUUAGAUCUGCUGCUCAACUUUUGGCUGGAUUCCAGUUGCAGAAAUGUAGCAAGCAGCUAGUCAGUGUGACUGUAUCAUUUUAGACCCUUCUCCCUCCCAAGAUUUUCUAUACAGAUACAAUUUAUAGGGAAGCCAGCUCUGCUAUGAUGUUCAGGGCACCUGAAGGAUAGGUGCUCGAAAGUAUCUUCAGUAGAUGCUUUUAGGUCAUGGCUCCCAACCCACAAACAGCUGCCCUUUGCUUCUUUCCAGUGCUUUCCUUAGCAGGUAAGCACAACGCCAGCUGCAGUUUUCCUGCUGCCCGUUGUGCCAGGUCAUUUUCAGCCUUGGGAUCUUCCUUCCACAGAAUAAGCAGUGUUAGCUGCUUAGAAAGGGACACCCCGAGCAAGGAAAGAGGUGAGCAAGCUAUGUCAGUGGGUUCAUUUUGCUCUCAGCUCGUAGGGCAGCCCUGGUUCCUUGUAAUUCCCCUCCUCCUCGUUGGAAGAAGUGGAGAGCAUUACUGUGAAGGCAGUCAGAAACUUUCAUGUGCUUGCUGAUUCUUCCCACGAAAUGGCUUCGAGGUAAUCGUGCACCUACCCUGAAUUCCGCCUUUGCUGCCCCACGCAGGCCUGGUGCAGGCUUUUGGAGAAAAUGGAAGUUGCUUUGUAUUUUACAGUCUGAAGAAAGGUGCAGGGGUAAAUUUACAUCUGGAAGGUGUCCUCAGGUGUGCAUCUUUCAAGUCUCUGUGAAAUCAGUCAUGUUGCAAGUAGUUCUUUAGUUUCAUGCGUUCAGUCCUGCGCAUGUACGGAGACUCCCCCCACCUGAAAAGAAGCAGCUUUCUUUUCCAAAAGUGUUGACUCGGAGUUCAGGAACACAGAGGCUGCUCACAGGAAGCCCCUUUCAUUCCCCGUCUGUGAGCUGAACCUCGGCCUGUGGCGUGGCUGAAGUCAUCUUUUGCAUUGGUUGCCUGAUUUUGAUUUCUCUGCCUGAUUAGCUCUUCUGGCUCGUAGACUGAACAAUCUCCCCUGUUCAAGUGCAGUUAUGUUUUGGUGCCGCGUCCAUUUACAAGUCUGACCCGCACACACCCAUGCAAUGUUUGUAUUCAUCGUUUCCAGGUUUAGGAGAAAGCCUUUCCUCAAACUCCCUAACAAAAAUGUAAUGGGAAAGGAGUUGUGGGAAAAAAGUACAACUACUCCAGGCCUGUUACUCUGAACUGCACAGUGAUACACUGAUGCUGUUUUGUGCUUUGACAAUUUUAUUCAAGACACUAUCUGUAUAUAAAAUAUACAUAAUGUAUAUAAAUUAGGAUGUAAGUUUAUGUAAAUUGUCAAUAUUUUCUUUGCAAAUAAAGCUUU